AUGGAUCCACCGCUACGUUUUAAUGAUGGAAACACACCAUCUGACUACAGGAACAGUUUAAUCAACUUCAAGAGAACAGGAUCAUCAGCUUCUAGUUGUGUGUCUGCGAAGAGUCAUCAGUCUAUGGAUCCACCACUACACUUUAAUAAUGGAAACACUACAUCUGACUACAGAUACAGUCCAGCACAGCUCACGAUAACAAGAUCACCAGCUUCAAGUUGUCUAUCUGUGAAGAGUCAUCAGUCUAUGGAUCCACCGCUACGUUUUAAUGAUGGAAACACUAUAUCCGACUACAGAUACAGUUUAAUCAACUUCGUAAGAACAGGAUCAUCAGCUUCUAGUUGUGUGUCUGCGAAGAGUCAUCAGUCUAUGGAUCCACCACUACACUUUAAUAAUGGAAACACUACAUCUGACUACAGAUACAGAGCUGUGUAUCAGUCUAUGGAUCCACCACUACAUGUUAAUGGUGUAAAAAACACUUCAUCUAACUACAGAUGCAGCCAUGAAAUCCUCAACAUAUUUAGAUCAAAUCUAAAGAAUAAGUUCCGGUGUCUGUAUGAGGGAGCAACGGAACAAGGUAACCCAACACUCCUGAAUGAGAUCUACACAGAGCUCUACAUCACAGAGAGUGAGAGUGGAGAGAUCAGUAAUGAGCAUGAGGUGAGACAGAUUGAGACACAAUCCAGGAGAUCAACAACAGAGGACACACCGAUCAAAUGCAGAGACAUCUUUACACCUUUACCUGGACAAGACAAAGCCAUCAGGACUGUGCUGACGAAGGGAGUUGCUGGCAUUGGAAAAACCGUCUCUGUGCAGAAGUUCAUCCUGGACUGGGCUGAAGAGAAGGAGAAUCAGGACGUCCAGCUCAUAUUUCCACUUCCUUUCAGAGAGAUCAAUCUGAUGAAGGACAAAACACUCAGUCUGUCAGAUCUCCUGCAUGUCUUUUUCCCUCAAACUAAAGACUUUGACAUUUUUAGUGACAAAUACAAAAUAUUGUUCAUCUUUGAUGGUCUGGACGAGUGUCGUCUUCCCUUAAAUUUCAAAAUCAAUGAGACUCUACAACAUGUGACCAAAACAUCAUCAGUGGACGUGCUGCUGACGAACCUGAUUAUGGGGAAUCUGCUUCCCUCUGCUCUCAUCUGGAUCACCUCCAGACCAGCAGCAGCAGAUCUCGUCCCCUCUGAGUGUGUCCAUCGAGUGACAGAGGUACGAGGCUUCAAUGACCCUCAGAAGGAGGAAUACUUCAGGAAGAGAAUCAGUGAUCAUAGUCUGGCCAAUACAAUCAUCUCACACCUGAAGUCCUCCAGGAGCCUCUACAUCAUGUGCCACAUCCCAGUGUUCUGCUGGAUCUCAGCCACUGUUCUGGAGAAGAUGUUGAGUGAAGCAGAGACUACAGAGAUCCCCAAGACUCUCACUCAGAUGUACACACACUUCCUGAUGACACAGAUCAACACCAAAGACAUGAAGUAUACUGGAAAAAAAGACAAAGACAUGAUCUUCAAACUGGGGAAACUGGCGUAUGAGCAGCUGGAAAGAGGCAAUGUGAUCUUCUAUGAGGAAGACCUGAGAGAGUGUGGCAUUGAUGUGGCAGAAGCUUCAGUUUACUCAGGAUUGUGCACUCGGAUCUUCAGAGAGGAGUUUGGCUUGUAUCAGGGGAAAGUCUUCAGCUUUGUUCAUCUGAGCAUUCAGGAACAUCUAGCAGCUCUAUAUGUGCACCUCUCCUUCACAAACCACAACAGAAAUGUGUUUGAACCAAUUACUAAACAAAGUUUGCACUCCAUGAUUAGGGACUGGUUUAAACCCAAGCCAUCAAAACAAGUUUCAAUAUCCGAGCUGCAUCAGAGAGCUGUAGAUGAGGCUCUACAGGGUAAAAAUGGAGACCUGGACCUUUUCCUUCGGUUUCUUCUGGGAUUGUCAGUCGAAAAUAAUCAGAUUCUCCUACAAGGGCUAACAAAACUGACAAGAUGCUGCUCAGACAGCAUGGAAACAGCUGAUUACAUCAAGAAGAAGAUCAGGACCACUCACUCUCCAGAGAAAUUUAUUAAUUUGUUUCACUGUCUGAAUGAACUGGGGGAUCAUUCACUAGUGAAGGAAGUAACGCAGUAUCUGAGAUCUGGAACAAUAAAAGAGUCCAAACUCUCUUCUUCCCAUUGGUCAGCUGUAGCUUUUGUGCUUCUGACUUCAGAGGAGGAGCUGAAUGAAUUUGAUUUCAAGACGUUUGUUGAAGGAAACAAUAAAGCUGAAAAUUUGCACGUUUUUAAGAAACUUGUGCCAGUGAUUAAAGAGGUCAGAUUAGUUCAUUUGAGUGAUUGUGGUCUCACAAGUGAAGGUUGUGCUGCUUUGGCUUCAGCUCUGAGGUCAAACCCCUCACACCUGAGAGAACUCAAUCUAUCUUGGAAUAAACUGGGAGAUUCAGGUGUGAGUCUUCUCUGUGCUGCUUUCAAGAGUCCUCUCUGUAAACUGAAGAUAUUGUGGUUGUGGGACUGUGGAAUCACAAGUGAAGGCUGUGCUGCAUUUGCUUCAGCUCUGAGAUUGAACCCUGAACACCUGAGAGAACUGGUCCUGUCCUGGAAUAAACUAGGAGAUUUGGGUGUAAAGCUUUUCUGUGGUGCUCUUCAAGAUCCUAAUUGUAAACUGGGGAAACUGUGGUUGAGAGAUUGUGGCGUCACCGCUGAAGGUUGUGUUGCUUUGGCUUCUGCUCUGAAAUCAAACCCUAAACACCUUAAACAUCUCAGUUUGUCUGAGAAUUGCCUCGGAGGUUCUGAAGUGCUAAUACUUUCAGAUCUGCAGAGCAAUCCGCAUUACAAACUAAAGGAGCUAUAUUACUGACUCUUGGUGUUUAGUUUGCUCAGGACAUGCUGAUUGCGAACAAAAAGAGAGAGAUAUCAGAGAAAUCUAUCAACACAGACUGAAGACAGACGUCAGAGUGAGAACAUGU